AGUUUGAUGAUUCCAUUAUUAUCUGAGCGCUUAAAGAGCAGAGGAAGAGUUGUAAUAAACGACGAGAAGGAACCCUAAUUCGCGAGUAGAGGAGGAGGAGAAGAACCCUAAUCACAGUGAGUUUUUGUUUAUUUUUCGCACACCAAAACGCAAUUGAUGGCGUCGUCUUCUACUAAAAAAAUUACCCCUCUCAAUUCGACAACUCCAUUGCAAGCUGAUGAGUUUGGCCGAGCUUAUUGAGUUCAUGACGAGCCCACGAUUUUGCUUAAAAAACGAGUUUGUUUACGAUUUAACUUGGACUACGAUUAAGCUCCUAUAGUGAUCAACAACAAUGGCGGGGAAAUUGGCAAAGGCAGCUUAUGAUGCAAAGAUGUUGAAGCUUCUGAGAGAGUACAGUCAGGUGCUAGUGGUUUCAUCUGACAAUGUGGGUUCAAACCAGCUUCAGGGCAUACGGAGGGGACUCCAUGCUGAUUCGGUUGUGGUGAUGGGAAAGAACUCUUUGAUGAAACGCUCUAUCAUCUUGGAUGCUCAGAAGACUGGCAACAAGGCCUUCCUUAAUCUUGUUCCCCUUCUUGUGGGAAAUGUGGCAUUAAUUUUCACCAAAGGUGACAUAAGAGAGGUCAGCGAACAGAUUGCCAAGUACAAGGUUGUUCAACCCAUUCUAAUGUGCCCCAAGUAUAUGUCACAUGACACAUACCAGAAUUGUUCCUAUAUGCAAUCUGGACAGUUACCUUUGGGCCUCACAUGUUGUAAUCAGCAGCAGUCUUCGCAGGUUUCUGAGCCUUUUCUUGUGUGCUCAAAAUUCCAGCCACACCAACAUUGUUUCAUGAUGAGAUCAAGGCAGUUCCUGAUGACAAGUAUAUGGUCUCCUCUUCUCCUUUUGGCUGGCAACUUGUGACAUCGACGAAGUAUUUUGAUUUGGAUCACAUGGUUUGUAUUACUCCUUUCUUUGCGCGCUGUUGGCUUUCAAACUCUAUUUAGUUGUAUUCUCCCGUUUCAGGGGAUGAUGGAAAAUGAAAUGAUUUUGACCAGGGUUUCAAUUUGAUAACUGAGAUUUCUAGUACGUAGAUUCUUAGUUCGCCCAGGAAUUUUAUCUUCUUUUUGAAUAAGAUAUGACAGCAUAUUUGUUAUCUUCAUGAUAAUUAAUUUAUCUCCUGAGUACAGCUCCUUGUGACGGUCUAUAAGCGUCACUAUUUUCACAA